AUGUCUCUUCACCAAGACCAGCAGCAAUGCAAGCAAGGCAUCACCCUGCCGCCGGCACUCUGUAAGGAAGAAUGCCCAGAAAUUGUGCCGUGUCCAGAGCCGGUGAAAUGCCCUGAGCCAAUACCAUGUUGUCCAGUGAAGCCACCAUGCAAGGAACCACCAGUCCCAAUUCCUACUCCAUGCCCUGAGCCAAUACCAUGUCCUCAGGAGAAGCAACAGUGCAAGCUGCCACCAGUCCCAGUUCCUCUUCCACACCCUGAGCCAAUACCGUGUUCUCCAGAGAAACCACCAUGCAAGGAACGCCCAUUCCCAAUUCCUACUCCAUGCCCUGAGCCAAUACCAUGUCCUCAGGAGAAGCAACAGUGCAAGCUGCCACCAGUCCCAGUUCCUCUUCCACACCCUGAGCCAAUACCGUGUUCUCCAGAGAAACCACCAUGCAAGGAACGCCCAUUCCCAAUUCCUACUCCAUGCCCUGAGCCAAUACCAUGUCCUCAGGAGAAGCAACAGUGCAAGCUGCCACCAGUCCCAGUUCCUCUUCCACACCCUGAGCCAAUACCAUGUUCUCCAGAGAAACCACCAUGCAAGGAACCCCCAUUCCCACAUCCUCUUCCACGCCCUGAGCCAAUACCUUAUUGUCCAGAAAAGCCGCCAUGCAAGGAACCAAAAGUCCCAGUUCCUCUUCCACACCCUGAGCCAAUACCUUAUUGUCCAGAGAAGCCACCAUGCAAGCAACCACCAUUCCCAGUUCCUCUUCCACACCCUGAGCCAAUACCAUGUCCUCAACAGAAGCAGCAGAGCAAGUUGCCACCAGUCCCAGUUCCUACUCCAUGCCCUGAGCCAAUACCUUGUUCUCCAGUGAAGCCGCCAUGCAAGGAACCACCAGCCCCCGUUACUCCUCCAUGCCCCGAGCCAGUGAAAUGCCCACCUUGUGUGAAGACGUGCCCACCCAUUGAACAGCAACAAUGCAAGCAGCAAUGCCAGUUGCCACCCAAUUGGAAGUAA